CAAUCACUUAUGCGAAAAUAUCUUCGGGUUCCAGAUCAACGAGUUAAAAACGUCAUUUAGGAUCAACUUACGAGUCGUACCUCGUUUCCCGUUCCCGUUCUCGUUCUCUCGCCCGCUCUACAGAUUCAGUCGCUUUGACCGCUGAUCUCCGUUUUCGUCCUCAUCGAUGAUGCAGUCCCAGGAGGGGCAAGUACCGACGGCGGCGGCUGAAACCGCCUCGUUUUGGACGGACGAGAAGCACUUGCAGUUUCUCAACUCUUUAGAAGCCUCUUUCGUCACCGCAAUGCUCGGAAACAGCUCUAGCUCAAUCCACUGCCUCCGCCGUCACCUGGUCGACGUCUCCGAGUCCACGUCGGAUCUGAAUCCCCACCGCACCGCCUCCGUCAACUAUACGGUUUCAGGAUUGACGGGUACUAACGGAGGAAGGAGAAGGAGAGGGAGAAGAAGUAUGAGAAGAAGAUCAUCAUCUCAAGCCUGCAAUUCAUCAUUCCAGGAUCAGGUGGUCCCACAGAUUGAAAUUGGACAACAACAUGAUAUUACCGAUGAUUCAGACCAAGCAAGUACUGUCGACUAG